AUGAGUGUGAUAAGAACUGUUAUAGGAGAGACAGUGGAAUCCGGCGCAACGAUUACCAUACUACCAGAAGACGGCAGCACUCUGCAGGCCUUUUUGCUGCGCAUCGAGCGCCGGUACACCCAGAUGGCACUGGAGCCGCGCGAGUGGAGAAGCGCACUUAUUAACCAUUUUGUGGUCCCGGCACUAACGUAUUGGGUAUUGGAUGUAUCUUCGGAGAACUAUCGACCUAAGCGACUGGGCGACGGUGCAGCGCAGGCUUUUGGAGCGGUUCGACAAAACAAUGUCGCAGAGUCAAUUGUCAACGGAGUUGGCAAAAGGCUACCGACAGACCUCCAUCUUCUAAUAACCAAUAACGGGCAGGUGAAGUAUCCCUCUUGGGAACAAGCGGCGACCGCAGCAACACGGCUCUACGAGCCCAAGCACAGUGUGCUGGAACUCCGAGCAAGGACCAGUCGAGCCAUUAGGGCUGCUAUCCAAGCUAAUGGACCCCGUGGGCGCCAGGAAAUUGAAAAUCACCCUGGGGGAACCCACACGAACUGCUUUGAGUGUCAGGGUCGCGGACAUCCGGCACGUGUCUGCCCCAGAAAGGGAGAACGCACCAAACUUCCGGCAGAAAUAUGCAAGAAGUGUGGUGGUGUGGGUCGCUAUGCUUGGGACUGUCCUACGUACGAACGAGGCCGGACGGAGCCGGAGGACAAGAGGAUUAGGGGGUCCAUCCGUCCUAGGGCUGAGAAAACGGAACAAUUAAACAGGGGGGCCUAG